AUGGUAUACUAUGCACUGCAAAGAUACUACAAACAACCGUCUCAGCAACAGAACAUAGAGACAAAGAAGCAAGAAAAAGCAGAUGUUGAAGAAAGCAACGCAAGACAUGACUGUGCAAUGUACGAGGUUCAUCUUUUUGUCGCGGUUCUUGUCGCAACCGUAGCAUUUGCCGCGGCAUUCCAACUACCCGGCGGUUAUAAACCAGACGGUACACCUGUAUUGAAUGAAGAAGUAGCUUUCACAUGUUUCUUGGUGUUUGACACAAUCGCCUUUAUCUUCUCGGUAGCCACAGUCUACCUCUUGUUCUAUGCUUCGAGAGACAUGUUUCGCGCACGUUCAGCUUUGCUCUACAUGUCCACUUUGCUAAUGGUUGUGUCGCUGAUCGCAAUGGCCUCUGCUUUUGUGUCAGGGAUGUAUCUCAUCUCGUCCAAGUGUAGAGAAUUAGCCAUCGUGCCUUUCUUGAUGGUUGGUCUCUUCGUGUUGCACUGUUUCUUCUACUGGUUUAUUGAUCCACGAGGCAGCUAUGUCCGAGGUCUUGAACGACCUCGCCGGUUUUUUAGGAAACUAGUCUUUAGAAACUCAAUGGUUCAUGUUUUUGUUUGUGACUGA